AUGAGGGUGUUUGGCCUCGUUUAUUUCGCCAUCAUUUGCGGAAUAUGUAAUGCCGGAUUUCACGGUCGAACCCAGGGCCUCUACAACAGGGGCAAUAGGUUGAGUGAAGAAAGCAAGGCAGAGGAACGAGGUAGUGGAGAAGAGAGUGAACCCAAGAAUCAAGAAGAUGUGGCGGAGAAGGAAAAGACCAACUUGAAAAGGGAAGAGAGCGCCGGUGAAGGGAUCCCUCAACUGGUCCUGUCAAUGUAUAGUAGAAAUGAGGUGACUCUGUAUAAGUAA